AUGGCUUGUCGAGCAAUCUCAUCAUUCAAGGCCGCCUCAUUUCACAUCAAGAUCAUGAAACAAAAUUACACCCGAAUGCUUAUUUCCUUGCCUUUUGCCUUCAGAAUAGGGCGGAAAGCAAGAAUUGAUCGUUCAAGAGUAGAAGGAGACUCCAUUCGCCUCUUCUUAGUCAAAUGCUCCUUGGGCUCAGCAUCAGCUGGCCAAGGUGGUGAAGCAAUAACCAGAGGAGCAGCAGGAAUUCAUCUACAGCGAGCUCGGGAGGAGGAACCAAAGCCUCGAAGUCGGCUUGUGGAUCUGCAGAAACAAGGGCAUGAUCAAGAAGGAGUGUUAGAUCAAUUGCUGGGGGAAUGA